UUUAGUAAGUUGUGCGUUGUUUCUUGUUACGUUUUGAAGAGUUCGUGAUUUUUUGUAAGUUAAGUUUUAGUUUCGUUGUGUGUGAUCGUUUUAAUUGUCAUCAUGUCUGGAAGAGGUAAAGGUGGUAAAACUCGUGCCAAGCCGAAGACUCUGGCAUCGCGUGCUGGUCUCCAGUUCCCAGUCGGCAGAAUUCGUCGAUUUUUGAAGAAAGGCAAAUACGGCAAGAAAAUUGGCGUUGGUUCGUCGGUUUACCUAUCCGCUGUAUUGGAGUACCUCGUCGCUGAAUUGUUGGAAUUAGCCGGAAACGCUGCCAGUGAUAACCACAAGAAGCGUAUCAUUCCUCGUCAUUUGCUGUUGGCGAUUAAAAACGAUGAAGAAUUGGGCCAAUUACUGUCCGGUGUUACCAUCUCGCAAGGUGGAGUAUUGCCGUUUAUCCAUAAGGUGUUGUUACCGAAGAGACCCGAUCCGAAGGUGAAGGAAAAGGAGCUGUCAACGGGUUCCGAUUAAAUUUCUACCACCGUUACCGUUAGUAAUCCGAUUACGAGGAUGGCCUAGGUGUGGCCUGAGUUACCAAAACGGUCCUUUUCAGGGCCCAUUAUAAAUUUGUUUCUUCGCAAUGUGAUGUGAAAUUCACUAAGUUCAGACGUUGAGAAAUCAAGGGUACUGGGUAGUAAUAAUUAGUAUGUUUUGAGUAAUUUUCUGAAUCUGAGGUUAGUCUGUCUGUCUGUUCUUUUUCUUUAAUCACUUAUGACAAUGAUUAUUAAAUUGAUAUUUUUUAAUUGGUAAUGGUAAUUAAGGAACCAGCUGGCAACUACCACAUACCAAUGAUCGAAAUUCUGAAUUCCUAUUUCCUAAUGAAAUACUGAAACAGCCAAAUUAUUCACAAAAACCAAUGCAGGAUUUCUGUCAUUUUUUUCAGUUCUGAAUAAUUAUGUCUUCUUUCUUCUUACUUUUAGUUAUUUUUGCAAUUUUUUUUUUUACUAUUUAAUAAACUUUAUCCAAUACAAUAAAUCUAAGAAGUAGAUGUCUUUUCUGGGGAAUUUUUUCAAGGUCACUAAUUACUAAUUAGAUUAGACUUGAACGUAAAUUUCUCUAUGGUUGAGGGUUGAAAUGAAAUGAUGACAGAGGAAUCGCAU